AUGGACGCGACGGGUAGCAGAGCCGGUGGCAGCGGCGGUGAUCAGAAUGGCAAAGAAAAUGACGAGGACAAGAAGCAGGGUGCAGCGCCGGCCAAGAAGGUGUCGCUGCUCGGCAUAUUCAGGUACGCGGACCGCCUGGACUUGCUGCUGAUGGCGGUGGGCACGGUGGGGGCCCUGGCCAACGGCGUGACGGAGCCCCUCAUGACCGUCCUCUUCGGCAACGUCAUAGACUCCUUCGGCGACAGCACCUCACAGGACAUCGUCCGCAGCGUGAGAAAGGUGAGUGCACACCGAGGAAUGAUAGACAGGCCGCGGCCGCCCAGGAGCCACGGUUAA